AAUAAGAAACGUCUUCUCAAAACCUUAUCAAGUACUUUCCACCUUCACCUCCCCACAAGCAAACCACAAAAUUUAAUUUUUUCCAUUUUUCUUAAAAAAUGGCACUCAUGCUCUCCUCUCAGGGCACCGCUCUGCUCCGGCUACCACUCCGCCUCUCGACUUCCAAAUUUCCCAACUGUACUCCUCCUCUUUUCCUAAUACAACAAAAACCCCCAAGAUCUCUCUCUCUUUCUCUUUCUAUUAAAACCCCUUCUUCUGGGGUUAGGGUUUCAUCCUCGCAAAUCCCCGUUCUACCCUCACACACCGAGUCACAACAAUCACUACUCACUGAUUCAACACGGACCGUCACAACAAUCCUAGCCCUAGCUUUUUCUCUAUCGCGCCUGUUCCUGAACCAAAUUUCGUUUUUACCUAAAUUAGCUCUCCAAAACACGACCAACCUGACCCACUCGGUGGGCCCUCUAUUUUUCGCGGCGAUUAGGGACCGUCCGAGCGGCUACUUGAACACUCCGUUGACGGUUGUAGCUGCCGGUUUGGCUAAGUGGCUUGAUAUUUAUAGUGGGGUUUUAAUGGUUAGGGUUUUGCUUAGCUGGUUUCCGAAUAUUCCUUGGGAUCGGCAGCCUUUAUCGGCUAUAAGGGAUCUUUGCGAUCCGUAUUUGAACUUGUUUCGGAAUAUAAUUCCACCGAUUUUUGAUACUCUCGAUGUUAGCCCGCUGCUUGCUUUCGCGGUUUUGGGUAUGCUUGGGUCCAUUCUCUCUAGCAGUGGCGCUGGUUAUUGAGGAUGCAAAUUUGGUCUCACUGAGUAAGUAAUAAUUUUGAAGUUUAUGUUAUUCAUUUUUUAGUAGUUGUAAUACGCUUAAUAGAUUAGUUUCGUUUAGAUUUGGGAACCUAAACUUGUUAUGUUUAUAUACUCUUUGACAAUGAAAAGAAAAAUGCUUUUUUUACAA